GUGAUUCAACCGGAAAUCACACAAAGGUGCAAAGAACUAAGACUGGAACCCGCUCGUUUAGUAAUUGUGUUCCUUGUUUGGCCGCGUGGUGGCGGUAGACUCACUGGCGUUGCUCUGGCAACCCACAUAAUAGCGAAGAAGAAAAAUUAAAGCGGAGGAAGACACGCACGAAGAAGAAGCAGACGAAGGCGACCGUUGCGUUUUCCUCACGACGCUCCUCCAUCUGCAAAAGUCUCUGCUUUUCCGUUUGUUAAAAGGACCGGUAGGAACGAUUCAUCCGAAUCGAUUCCGCGUUUAAGUGGUCCGCUCGGUGUGUUAUCCGGGGGAACAAAAACAACGGGAUUCUACCUUCCUGUAUUAUUAUUAUUAUUAUUUUAUCUUCGCGCGACCUCGUAGUUUUUUUUUUUUUUUGGAGGGGAUUUGACAUCAGCGAGCGGCAUCACCACCACCUUCAUCCUCAUCAUCAACAACUUGGAGGCCAGAAAGAAGAUUCAUCCGUGUGUUUAUUUCCUGCUCGGAUGCAUCGCAGAAAUUCUUCUUCCGGCGCUAUUGAUUACUCGAUGCUUUGAUUGAUCGGUCGAUUGGCUGAAGCAGAUGCAGCGGGAAGGGCUCGUGCACACCGGCGUGGUUGACAUGGCAACGACUUCUUCAACGGCCCGGAUUAUUUAGCUGUAUCAAAUAUAUAUAUAUAUAUAUAUAAUCUGUACUAAUCGCUGUAAUCUCCAUGUGACUUUGCAUCAGUGUGUAGUUUAGCCCAGCUCCCCUCAGCUGGCUCUUUUCUCCUUUCAUCGUCCGGCAUUUGCUCCCACUGUUGCAGUUGCUGCUCACUUUUCCAGUAAUGGCUAAGUGAUUCAACAAAGCGGAGCGUGUUAGUGACUCGCAGGUUAAUAAUUAAGUCGCCGUGUCUAAGGCCGUAACUGAUAGAAGCGCAGGGUUGCGUGUGUUUGUCUGUGCUUUGUCUUCAUUGAGCGCUGAGGACACACACACAGAGUCAAAGAGCCCUGUAGUGUGCUUGUAGCAGAAUGGCCCCGCUGGUUGAAGAGCUGCGCAGACUGGGCUGGAUUCUCGUCAAAGCUCUGCUGCGCUUCACCUUCAUGUUCAUUAACAACUGCGUGGCGAUUCCAUCCUACUGCUUGUACCUGAUCGUCUUGCAGCCGCUGAGGAUGGUGCACGGCUCUGCUUUCUGGCACAUCGAGGGCGUCAUGUUCCGGUGGCUACUGGCCAUGGUGGCGUCGUGGGGCUGGUGUGCAGGAUACACAGUGACGGAGUGGGGCGACGACGUGAGGCCGAUAUCCGAAGAUGAAACGAUGGUCAUCGUCAACCAUCAGGCCACCGGGGACGUCUGCACUCUAAUGAUGUGCUUGCAGGAUAAAGGAACGGUGGUGCGGAAGAUGAUGUGGUUAAUGGACCACGUGUUUAAAUACACCAACUUUGGCCUGGUGUCUCUGAUCCAUGGAGAUUUCUUCAUCAGACAGGGCAAAGCGUAUCGGGACAAGCAGCUCAUUUACCUGAAGAGUCACCUGGACAAGUAUUACUACAGCCGAGACAGGAAGUGGAUCGUUCUGUUCCCUGAGGGCGGCUUCUUGAGAAAAAGGCGAGAGACGAGCCAGUCGUUUGCCAAGAAGAACGAUUUACCCCACUUAACACACGUGACGCUGCCACGCCUCGGGGCCACUCGGGUAAUCCUGAAAACACUUGGACCACAGCAGGAGAACGGCAUGCUGGGAAAUGACGCCGGCUCGUCAGCGCAGAAAGAUAGUAAAUCUAGAGGCCUGCAGUGGGUAGUGGAUGUGACAAUAGCAUACCCUGAAGCCAAACCCAUGGACAUCCAGACGUGGAUUUUUGGCUACAGAAGUCCCACUGUCACACACGUGCACUACAGGAUCUACCCGGUACGAGAGGUGCCAGUGGAGAUGGAUGCUCUCACAGACUGGCUGUAUCAGAGGUUUGUGGAGAAGGAAGAACUUCUCGCUCACUUCUAUAAGACAGGAGUGUUCCCUCCAUCGAAAGGUCAGAAGGAGGCCGUUUCCCGGGCGAUGACGCUAGACCUUGCGUGGCUGUGCGCCGUCCAGUCGUUUGCCUUCAUCUCAGGCUACAUGUGGUACAGCGUCCUUCAGUACGUCUACUGCUGGCUCUGCUCACUGCUGUGGUGAAGAGAGAGAUCGCGAGAGCGAGAAAGGGAUGGAAAGAGGGACGAUGAUGGAGGAAGGAGGAACAGCCAUCGAUGCCGGUCUAGGAUCUAUUGAAAUGCCACAGACGUUGUCUUAGCUCACUGGAUUGCAAGAUGGCCAUGGAGGAAAAUUGUAUUUGAUUCGAAAACCCAAACCUACACGCACGCACACACACAGUUUUGCAAUACGAACAUGCAUACAAAGAAAUAGGUGAACAGUGACAUCAUGUUUACACACAUACAUGUCUAUAUAUAUAUAUAUAUAUAUAUAUAUAUA